CUCUAGCACAUUUAUUCUUUCAGUUCGCUCUUUGCAGUAGCUAUGUCGAGUCUUCAGCGAUCUAAGCCAUUUUAUAGCCUUUUUCCAUUGUGUUAAACAGUUAAAAAAAAAAAAAAAAAGUCUUCAGGUCAUCGAAGCAAAACGGAAAGAUAUCGAUAAGCUUUUUUUUUCCAACAAAAAAAAAAAGAUCCAGCUAUGGAGCAGUCUCAGUGGUGGAGACACAUAAUCUUCUUCUUUCUUGCCAUUUGUUUCAUCAUGGUUUCAUCAUGCUUUGCUCAGACAGCGUCCACUGUGCGCCCAAGUACCACCCCAAGAGUCAAGUCACCCGAGCAUCUGAAGUUCCGACUUACUGGUCAUCCACGAAAGCAUAAUGAGGGCAGAAUUGAGGUUUUCUAUAAGGGUGAAUGGGGAACCAUCUGUGAUGAUGACUUCUCACUGGCCAAUGCUCAUGUGCUCUGUCGCCAGCUCGGGUUUGUCUCUGCUACAGGCUGGGCCCACAGUGCCAAAUACGGCAAAGGCACAGGUAAGAUCUGGUUAGAUAACGUGCAGUGCAGUGGCAGUGAGAGAAGUAUAUCAGUGUGUAAGUCACGUGGAUGGGGCAACAGUGAUUGUACUCAUGAUGAAGAUGCUGGAGUGAUCUGUAAGGAUGAGAGGCUGCCAGGAUUUGUUGACUCCAACAUCAUAGAGGUGCAGGUAGAUGAAAGGAAUGUGGAGGAGGUGCGUCUCCGGCCGGUGGUGUCAAGCAAGCGUCUGCCAGUGAUAGAGGGAGUGGUGGAAGUGAGGUAUAAAGAGAGCUGGGCCCAAAUCUGUGAUAACGGAUGGACACCUAAAAACUCAAGAGUUGUCUGUGGAAUGAUGGGUUUCCCCCAUGAGAGGAAGGUCAACAAGAACUUCUACAAAAAUCUAAGAAAGAGAUCCGCUGAACAAAAAGUCAAAAUUCGAGUAAAAGCAAACAGGCAAGAAGCCAAAGCUAAAGCCAAAACUAAAGUUAGCUUUAAGUCUAAACCUGGCAACUCGGCCACAGAAAAAAGACUGUAUGCAGAGCGGCAGAAGAAUCAUUUCCUGGUUCACUCUGUGGCUUGUUUAGGCACAGAGGUUCACCUAGCUGCCUGUCCUCUGGAGUUCAACCUAGUCAAUACCACGGACACAUGCCAAGGUGGCAUGCCUGCUGUUGUCAGCUGUGUGCCUGGACCGGAAUAUGCGCAAAAUCGUGCCAUCAAGAAACCAGUCAAAUCCUCGGCAACAGUGCGUCUAAAAGGUGGGGCAAAGAUAGGAGAGGGCCGUGUAGAGGUGCUGAAGGGCAGUGAAUGGGGGACGGUGUGUGAUGAUCGCUGGAACAUGCAGACUGCCAGCGUGGUGUGCAGAGAACUGGGCUAUGGAUCCGCUAAGGAGGCCCUUACUGGAGCUCGAAUGGGACAAGGCAUAGGUCCAAUCUACAUGAAUGAGGUCCAGUGCACAGGUCAUGAGCGUUCUCUGUGGAACUGUCGCUAUAAGAACAUUACUGAUGAAGACUGCAAGCACACAGAGGAUGCUGCAGUCCGAUGUAACGUGCCAUACAUGGGGUUUGAGAAAACGAUGCGUAUCACAGGCGGUCGUACACCCUAUGAGGGCCGUGUGGAAGUGUUGCGCACCAGUACUAAUGGAACACAACACUGGGGUCUGAUCUGUGGAGAAGGCUGGGGUACCAAAGAGGCCAUGGUGGUGUGCAGACAGCUGGGCCUUGGAUAUUCCAAUCACGGCCUGCAAGAAACGUGGUACUGGGAUGGCAGUAACGUGACUAACAUGGUGAUGAGCGGUGUGAAGUGUACAGGAAACGAACUCUCCCUCAGCCAGUGUCAGCAUCACAAAACAGUCACCUGUUCGAAAACAGCCGCACGGUUCUCUGCAGGGGUUAUAUGCUCAGAGACUGCGUCUGAUCUGGUUCUGAACGCGUCUCUGGUGCAGCAGACGGUAUAUAUUGAGGACCGUCCGCUACAUAUGCUGUACUGUGCUGCAGAGGAGGACUGUUUGUCUAAAAGUGCUGCAAAAGUUAACUGGCCCUAUGGCCACCGCCGCCUGCUUCGCUUUUCCUCACAGAUCCAUAACAUCGGUCGUGCUGACUUCAGGCCUAAAGCUGGACGCCACUCCUGGAUUUGGCACGCAUGCCAUGGGCAUUAUCACAGCAUGGAUAUCUUCACACACUAUGACCUGCUGAGUUCCAAUGGCACCAAGGUUGCAGAGGGACACAAAGCUAGCUUCUGUCUAGAAGACAGCGACUGUCAUGAGGGUGUUUCCAAGCGUUAUGAAUGUGCUAAUUUUGGAGAGCAGGGCAUCACAGUGGGAUGCUGGGAUCUCUAUCGACAUGAUAUCGACUGUCAGUGGAUCGACAUCACUGAUGUGAAACCAGGAAAUUACAUUAUGCAGGUUGUAAUAAAUCCUAAUUUUGAGGUGUCUGAGAGUGACUACACAAAUAAUGCAAUGAAAUGCAACUGCAAAUAUGAUGGCCAUAGGAUCUGGUUUCACAACUGUCAUACGGGUGAUGCAUUCAGUGAGGAGGCCGAGAGGAAUUUUGAGAGAUACCCAGGACAGCUCAAUAAUGAGAUCUCCUAAUCCAUAUCGGCAGAUCAUUUAAAAAAUUUUACCUUUUAUUUUGCCCUGGAUCAUAUACGAUAUAUUACCCAGGUUACAGAGUAAGGAUCUAUCUUACUCUUUUCAUGUUCACACUCAGGGAACAGGCAAGGUCUGUUAUUGUGAACCCGCAAGGAAAUCCCAGAAAUCAUAUUCAUGUUGGUGCCAGCACCAAUGACCUGCCAUCCUGAGAGUCACCAAGGUUCAAAUCCUGAGCUUGUUAAGUAGUGUUUUGUUAUUAAAAAAAACAAUAAUACAGUUAUCAUACAUGUACCUCAUUUUUAGGUAACAAUAUGGGCAUUAGGCUGUUAGAUAUAAUAAUAAACAGGACAUAACCUCAUCUAGUGAUUCAGACAGUGUACCAUGCAUUUAUUAACUCCACAUACAUAGUUUAUGUUUGCUAUUUCUUUGACUGCCAAAAAGUAUUACACAAAAAUGUGAAACUGUGAGAGGUUUCUCCUACUUGAAUAAUGUAUUUUCAUAACAUUGGAAUAAUUCAGCUUAAACAGCUUUAUUUCAUAUGAAAUUUCAUAUUCAUCAAAAUAUUACAUGAAGAGACCAUAUAUUAUAAAAUAUUUCCUGAGACAGGUCUUAUCAAUGUAAUGAAUGUUUUGUUUUUUUUUUAUUAAUAUUUUUAUGCAAAUUUGGCUCAAAAAGCAUUAUGUACUUUUCUGCAGUUAGUUCUUUUAAACAAAAAGACUUGUAGUGAAAUCAAUAUCUAACAAUGUAAGUCAAAGUGUGCACUAAACAAACUGAUGUACAGGUGAGGUAGGAACAUUUCUACAACACUGUUUCAACCGUAGCCAGUUACUUUAAGAGGAAAAACAUAAAAACUUCCUCUUUCACAUAUAGAGAUAGACAUGGUCCAUAAUAAAUUAGGCCAUCUUUCUCUUCAUCUUGAAUUUUCUGCAGAGAUUUGGUUCCUUUUAUUUUUGAGAACAGACAAUAUUUAAUGCAAAAACAUGUGGACUGAUGUGUUGACGAGGUUUUUCAUACAAGUGUAAAACAUUAAAACGCACACCACAAUUUUAUUUCGAGGUUUAAGGCUCUAAUCUGUUAUUGACAUCGUUUCAGUCACUUUAAUAUUUCACUUUUAAUAAACUUUUGAAUAUCACAUUUUUUUCCAAUGUAUUAUCUGCAACAUGUAUGUGCACAUCUGCCCCAUCACAUCAUUGUUUCAACAAGCCACAUUAACUGAAAAAAAAAUAAAUGCCGAGAACGUGAAUCGGACAUGUGAGAUGAAAUUAAAUAAAAAUAAAUGUAAUAAAAUUGUAACACAC